AUGCAAUAUAUGGAAUUCAGAAUUAAAUCUAUUGAAAAAGCACUAAUGGAAAUGGAGAAGUUUGCAAUGCUGGAAAGAAGAAAUGCUAAUUCCAGAUUAGAGGCUGCUAUGAGACAGAUUGAAGAGUUAAGGUCUGGGAACCACUCUGGUCGAGAAAGUACUCGAGCAAAGAAGCAUAUGAGUGCAAAGCGAGAGGAUGGUCAUUUUCUCAGUAAUGAUCUUAAGAUGCAGAAACCAACACCUGAAAUCUCUGAAGAGAGCAAUGGUGUGAUGACAAAAGACAUUAUGCUUGAUCAGGUAUCUGAUUGUUCAUCAAAUGGGUUAAGCAAGAGACACAAUUGGGAGAUUGAUGAUCAAAUGCUUGAGUUGUGGGAAACUGCCAACUGCAAUGGCAGCAUAGACCUGAAAGUUGGAAAGGCUCGGAAGGGAGUUACCAUGCCAACCGAUCACCGUAACAUUGAACUGGUUAAGCAACGUAAGGGAAAAAAUCUCCCCACUGAAUCUCGGGUAAAGGAGCUGGGUGUGGACAAAUUAGAGAUCCCAAAGAGAUAUGCAGAGCCAGACAAGGAAGGAAGCAGGAGGAAGAUUCUAGAAAGGCUAGAUUCUGAUGCACAAAAGUUGACAAACCUUCAAAUCACCGUGCAGGACUUGAAGAGGACGGUGGCUAUUACUGAGAAGGCCAAAAAGGGGAAGGGACUUGAACUUGAUACUGUUAAAGGGCAGCUGGAAGAAGCUGAGGAAGACAUCAUGAAGCUGUUUGACAUAAAUCGCAAAUUGGUGUCUCAUGUUGAAGAUGGUUCCUUGUCCCUUGAUGGGAAAUCCACAAUAGAGUCAGAUGGGAACAGAAGUCUCAGGAGGCGGACAAUAUCAGAACAGGCACGGAGAGUGUCUGAAAAGAUUGGGCGAUUGCAGUUGGAGGUGCAGAAAAGCCGAUGGGCACCGCUUGUGUUUCACGUCAAGAGAGGGGGAAUUAAUGGAGAAACGAUCAUGGAGAAAGAGAUCUUGCCUGGGGCACACAUAGACCUUAUCCCCAGCACCAUAUUUGGCAAUGACAAUGAAGAAAAUCCUGUUUUUGUGUAUGCUCAUAUUGAUGGAAUGGACACACAAUUGUGGACUCCUAUAGACCCAAAUAUGAUCAAGUACAAUGCUAAGGUUUUUCUGGGAUUUGUGGAAUUUCGCAGGCCAAUUGAAACUACAUUUUUUGCUGGAUCUAAAUUAGGAAGGCUCAGGGUUGUUGUUAAGGUGAAAAAUGCUAUGAAGAAGGUUAUGGAUAAAAUUGUGGGUAUAAACUGAUGAGAUAAAUAUGUUAUGUACUUUGAUUUUUCAUUCACAGGAUCUUUUGGUCCAUUUUUAUUGAGUUUUGAUGUUAAUUUAACAUGAAUAUCAUGCUUCUAUUUUGCUUAUAAGUCUUGUCCCUUUUUUUUUAAGGAUAUUUCAUUUAUCAUCCAAGCCAUCAGAAUAAAUUAUAUAUGGCAUGUAUAAACAGGAUAUUUCAUGUUUCAUCCAAACAGUCAGAGAUUUCAUGUUUCAUCCAAACAGUCAGAGAUUUCAUGUUUCAUCCAAACAGUCAGAGAUUUCAUGUUUCAUCCAAACAGUCAGACUAAGUUAUACAUGCCAUGUAUAAACUUUCUUUCUAUUGUUAGACUUUUUGGAUAUAUUCUGUUCCUGGCUCUUCGCUGUUCAACAUUUCCUUUUGGAUUCUUGAAUUGAUGUUGGGAUGUCAUGUUUGUUUCUAGGGGAAAAGUAUAAAAAAGAGGUGCAAUUUCUUCAUGAAGUGGUAUUGGUUGUUUCUUCUUCUCUAAUAAGUUUUGGAAUUUUUUUUGUUUUUUUUUGUCAUGUUCAAUUGAUUUUUGGUGGGGUCUGAGGUGAAGAUAUGGAAGACUAGAGAAUUUAUAUAUACUAGAUUUCAAUCCAUACUUUGUCGUGAUUCGUUUGUAUUUAAUAAAAGAUUUUUACAAAU